UAUCGUAAUUUUUUGUUUAAUUGUGUUUUUACCAAGCCAUGUGCUGAAUCUAUAUGGUAAUUUUCAAAUAGAAAGGCUAGUGGAUGGAGUAAAUGUACAUCCUCGAACGAUAUGCGAACUCACAAUUAUGCAAUUCAGAGUAUCUCAGGAACCAACUGCUACUUAUAAAGGACGAGCAAGCAUGGACAGUAUUGAUUGACAAGAACAUCCAGGUUAAAUUAUGCAAUCCUACGGCACUUUGAGUUUAUGGAGUAACUUGUGCUGGUGCAUAAAACCUAAUCUGGUAGCAGGGUCAGAUGUCCUCCCUCUGGCAGCUGGCUGGCUCAUGUCACCAGAAACAGCACUGCCUGGCUCAAACAUUUGCAGAAAUCCUAAAAACAAAUGAGACCAAUCCAAGAGCUAACCCUCGUUGACAUUUAUUUAUAGAAGAAACUCCGCGAGCACCACGCGUUCAAGCUGGGACUUGAACUCGGGUGGGCUGGCACCGGUGGAUUGAUCAGCAAGGAACAAAGGUUGCAUUUUGUGUGGAAGGGGAGAGGCCCCCCGAAUUCCCGCAGCAACAGCAACACUUUCCAGCCACCAACUGAUGCCAGAGUUUUUAAAUGCCAGGGAAAAGGCCAGCAAAUGAGGCAGGCUCACACCCAACUAACUCUGUCUCAAAUCUCUCGCCUCAGAACAUGCGGCAACGCCUUCCAAUCAUAAAUGCACCCCAUCCCAUCCCCACCCCUGCCCCUCGCAACCGUAAUAACCUCCCUCCUCCCCUACAAAUAGCCUCCCAACCAAGGCCAGCACAGCACAGCACACCACAGCACGGCACAGAGCAAUAGCCAUAGCCAGCAGCAAUGGAGAUAGAGUCAGUCAAGUGUGAGUGCUGUGGCCUGAGGGAGGACUGCACCCAGGACUACAUUGCGAGCGUGAGAGGCAGCUUCUACGGCCAGUGGCUGUGCGGGCUGUGCUGCGAGGCCGUCAGGGACGAGGCCGGCAGGAAGAAGCAGGCGCACCCGGGCGUGGAGGAGGCCGUGAGGGCGCACAUGGCCUUCUGCAAGAAGUUCAAGUCCAACCCCGCCGUCCGGGUGGCCGACGGCAUGCGUCAGAUGCUCCGGCGGCGGUCCGGCGACUUGUCCAAGCCGCCGGGCUCCUCCUCCUCCUCCAGCAAGUACGGCACUGCGCAGGUCGGAGAUGAUUCAUCCGUGUCGCUAUAUUGAGGAGCACACCAUUAAUUCUAUGGCUUGUAGACCGUCCUUCUAGUGCUUUUCUCAGGCUUGAAUCUCCUGUUUCUUUUGUCAUUUUUGGCAUAUAUUCUUAUGAUGGCAAGAAUUUAGAAUGUACAGAAAGUCGUAAAUUUCUUCGAAAUGGAUGCUAAUAGAUAGUGCUUGGCUUUGAAA